UAUAUAGCUUUUUUAACUAAUAUUUUCUUUACUUUCUCUUUUUUAUCAUUGUUUUAUUUUGGCCAGAUGUAGUAUUUUAACUAUGUUCUAUCUUGUUAUUCUAAAGGGACUUUGUCCUAGAAUAAAGUUAUUUUCUAUUUCAUUUCAUAAACCGCUAGUCCUGACAAUUAUUGAGUUUGGCGAAUUUAAAAGAUAUUUAAAUUGUGAAAUAAAAGGCAAGGAAAAAGUUGUGAGGACCCGUGUCAAACGGGCCGUUUGAAAUGAGACCCUCCACUAUUUGUUAUUUGAUCCUCUCCGAGCUCACAAAGGCCGUCCAAUUAAAUGCUCCCCUUUCGCAGUUUAUGAAUACUGGGGAGGGAGGAGACAGUAGAGGGGGUCAUUAUUUAGAGAUAAAUGACAGAGAAGGGUCGCCCUCUAUUCCACCAUUAGCGAUAGAAUUCGCUAAAUCGCGGGAUCGGCUUAGGAGUAUAGUUGAGCCCUCAGAGGACACCCAGAAGAAGACUGGGAGAGUCGGAGGAAGGAGAAGAACGAAGAAGAAGAGGAAGAGAGAGGAAAAAAAGAUCGUUAGUUGUUGUGUCCUCGACGGGGAUUAUCGUUAA